AUGAUCUCCACUUUAGCCACAUUUCCCCCUUUCCUCCACAAAGACAUCAUUGAGUACCUGAGCACCUCUUUCCUCCCCAUGGCUAUAUUGGGCUCCACUCGGAGGGAGGGGGGCGUCCCAGCCUACGUCAAUCUGUCCGCCUCGUCGAUGCUCAUGAUUGCGAUGCAGUACACAUCAAAUCCAGUUUAUCACUGUCAGCUGCUGGAGUGUCUAAUGAAGCACAAACAAGAAGUGUGGAAGGACCUGCUUUAUGUCAUAUCCUAUGGUCCAUCCCAAGUAAAACCUCCAGCUGUGCAGAUGCUGUUUCACUACUGGCCCAACCUGAAGCCCCCAGGAGCCAUCAGUGAAUACCGAGGGCUGCAGUACACAGCCUGGAAUCCCAUCCACUGUCAACAUAUCGAGUGCCACAACGCCAUCAAUAAACCCGCUGUCAAGAUGUGCAUAGAUCCCACUCUUUCCGUUGCCCUGGGAGACAAGCCCCCUCCUCUUUAUAUAUGCGAGGAGUGCAGCCAGAGGAUAGCAGGAGAUCAUGCUGAGUGGCUUGUUGAUGUACUCCUGCCCCAAGCAGAGAUAUCUGCUAUUUGUCAAAAGAAGAACUGUAGCUCUCAUGUAAGAAGGGCUGUGGUCACCUGCUUCUCAGCUGGCUGCUGCGGGCGCCAUGGCAACCGGCCUGUCCGCUACUGCAAGCGUUGCCAUGUCAACCACCACAGCAGCGAGGUGGGGGCUGCGGCGGAGACCCAUCUGUACCAGACCUCGCCCCCUCCCAUCAACACCCGGGAGUGUGGAGCGGAGGAGCUGGUGUGCACCGUGGAAGCCGUGAUAAGCCUUCUGAAGGAGGCGGAAAUACAUGCAGAGCAGCGUGAGUUUGAGCUGAACAGGCGUCGUCAGAUGGGCCUGUCUGCCUCCCACCACUCUCUGGACAACAUCGAGUUUGAUAACAAGGAGGACGACCAGCACGACCAGCGCCUCCUCAGUCAGUUUGGCAUCUGGUUCCUGGUGAGCCUGUGCACCCCCAAUGAGAACACGCCCACAGAGAGUCUGGCCCGGCUGGUCAGCAUGGUCUUCCAGUGGUUUCACUCCACCGCCUACAUGAUGGAUGAUGAAGUUGGAAGUCUGGUGGAGAAGCUGAAGCCUCAGUUUGUCACAAAGUGGCUGAAGACAGUGUGUGAAGUGCGCUUUGAUGUCAUGGUCAUGUGUCUGCUGCCUAAACCUGUAGAGUUCGCCAGGGUGGGAGGUUACUGGGACAAAUCAUGUAGCACGGUGACACAGCUGAAGGAGGGCCUGAACCGGAUCCUGUGUCUGAUUCCUUACAAUGUCAUCAGUCAGCCACUGUGGGAGUGUUUCAUGCCUGAGUGGCUCGAGGCCAUUCGCACCGAGGUGCCCGACAACCAGCUCAAAGAGUUCCGGGAAGUGCUCAGUAAGAUGUUUGAUAUCGAGCUGUGCCCGCUGCCCUUCUCUAUGGAGGAAAUGUUCGGCUUCAUCAGCUGCAGAUUCUCCGGCUACCCGGCGUCGGUGCAGGAGCAGGCUCUGCUGUGGCUGCAUGUGCUGUCAGAGCUGGACAUCGUGGUGCCUCUUCAGCUGCUGAUUGGGAUGUUCUCGGACGGAGUGAACUCUCUGAAGGAACUGGCCAAUCAGAGAAAGGCUCGCGCUUCAGAUUUGACAGGCAACACUGGCGCUCGCAGGGUGAGUGUGGUGUCAGACCCUGGACGCCGUGGGCAGCACAACACCCUCAGCCCCUUCCCCAGCCCCUUCAGGAGCCCGUUCCGCAGCCCCCUGCGCUGCAGCCCUUUUAAAAACCUGGGCCACGCCACCGGCCACUGCGCCCUGGAUCUGGACUGUGACGACGACGACAUGAACCUCGGCUGCUUCAUCCUCAUGUUUGACCUCAUCCUAAAGCAGAUGGAGCUCCAGGAUGACGGUGUGAUGCUGGGUCUAGACAGCAGCCUGGGGAAGGAUAUCGUGGGCAUCAUCAACAACGUCUUUCAGGCCCCGUGGGGGGGCUCGCACACCUGCCAGAAGGAUGAGAAGGCCCUAGAGUGCAGCCUGUGCCAAUCCAGCAUCCUGUGCUACCAGCUGGGCUGUGAGCUCCUGGAGAGGCUGACCCCCCGAGAAGAGAUACGCCUGGUGGAGCCCACAGACACUUUGGAGGAAACCUUGAUCGCUCCUCCACCAGAUUUCUCCCUCGGGACGGAGAAUGGAAGUGAGGAAGGAGACAACCCGAGCGGCACGCAAACUGACAACCCCACCGAAAACCCGUCUCCUGAUAACGCAUCCAUGAAGAAUAACUCUGAUAAGAAGUUCUCCUACCAGCAGCUCCCUGUGUCUUUACAGCUCAUAUACACCAUCCUGCAGGAAAUGUCCAAGUUUGAGGAGCCUGACAUCUUGUUCAACAUGCUGAACUGCCUGAAGAUCCUGUGUCUCCACGGAGAGUGUUUAUACCUCGCCCGUAAGGAUCACCCCCAGUUCCUGGCCUACAUCCAGGAGAAGAUGCUCAUCCCGAGCCUGUGGUCGAUGUUGAAGUCAGAGUUUUGCCAGCUGGCCUCCCUGGCUGUGCCUCAGCUUCUCCAUGCCUUGUCUCUGUCCCACGGGGCAGACAUCUUCUGGAACCUCAUCAACACAAACUUCAACAGCAAAGACUGGAAAAUACGAUUCGAAGCUGUCGAGAAGGUAGCGGUGCUGUGUCGGUUCCUGGACAUCGGCGCGGUGACAAAAAACCACUUGCUGAAAUACGCCCUGGCCCACGCCUUCUGCUGCUUCCUGGCGUCCGUGGAGGACGUGAACCCGGCCGUGGCCACCAGGGCGAGGCUGCUGCUGGACACCAUCAAGAGGCCGGCCCUGCAGGGCUUGUGUCUGUGUCUGGAUUUCCAGUUCGACACCGUGGUGAGGGAUCGGCCCGUCAUCCUCAGCAAACUCCUGCUGCUGCACUUUCUGAAGAAAGACAUUCCUGCUCUGAGCUGGGAGUUCUUCGUCAACCGCUUUGAAACAUUAUCUCUGGAGGCUCAGUUACACCUGGACUGCAACAAGGAGUUUCCUUUCCCAACUACAAUCACAGCCGUACGGACCAACGUAGCUAACCUCAGUGAUGCGGCCAUGUGGAAGAUACGACGGGCCCGGUUUGCCAGGAAUCGGCAGAAGAGUGUUCGAUCCCUCCGUGACAGCGUGAAGGGAGAUCCGUCAGAGUCUAAACGGGCGUUUUCACUCCCCGAGUCGCUGAGCAACCGACUUCGCCAGACCCCUUCCCCCGAGGACGACACCAUCAUCAGGGACCUGCUCCCCGAGGACGCCGGCAUCGACCACCAGACGGUUCACCAGCUCAUCAUGGUGCUCAUGAAGUUCAUGGCCAAAGACCAGAGCAGCGCCGAGGCCGACAUCGGCAGCGCCAAAGCUUUCAACACGGUGAAGCGCCACCUGUACGUGCUGCUGGGUUACGACCAGCAGGAGGGCUGCUUCAUGAUCGCGCCGCAGAAGAUGCGCACCUCCACCUGCUUCAACGCCUUCAUCGCCGGCAUCGCACAGGUGAUGGACUACAACAUCGGUUUAGGGAAGCAGCUGCUCCCCCUGGUGGUCCAGGUGUUGAAGUACUGCACGUGUCCCCAGUUGAGGCACUAUUUUCAGCAGCCGCCCCGUUGCUCCCUGUGGGCCCUGAGGCCACACAUCCGGCAGAUGUGGCUCAAAGCUCUGCUAGUCAUCCUCUAUAAGUACCCUUAUAGAGACAUGGAUGGCAGUAAAGUGGUGCUCCAUCUGAUCCACAUCACCAUCAACACACUGAAUGCGCAGUACCACAGCUGUCGACCCCACGCCACAGCAGGACCGCUGUACAGCGACAACUCCAACAUGAGCCGCUACAGCGAGAAAGAAAAAGGUGAAAUUGAGCUGUCAGAGUACCGAGAAGCCAGCGCCCUUCAGGACAGCAUCCUGCACUGUGUGAGGGAGGAGAGCACCAGGAAAAAACGGCUACAGGCCAUGCACAAGCAGAAGUCCCUGGACAUUUCCAACACAGACUCCAUCCUUUUCAGCCUGGACGAGCAUCGGCGUAAGUCCUGCAUCGACCGCUGUGACCUGCAGGCCCCCCCCGUGGUCCUGCCUCCGUCCUCGGCCACAUCCCACAGCAGGCAUCACAUUAAAGGAUCCUCCGAUGGCUCUUCCUUUCGGGUGGAGGGCAUCGAUCCGGUGGACCGGCGGGGCUCUCGAGGCGGGCAGUCCGACAUCUCCAAGCCUGUCAUCCCAGAAGUCCGCCUCAGCUGCAUGGAGACCUUCGAGGACAAACAGGAUCAGGGGUCUUUCGGCGGAUCCACGCAGGGGAAGGACGACCAAGACCUCAUUGACCUCUCCUCCGACUGCACCUCCAUACCAGAGAAACACUCGCUGCUCUCCAUGUCCGACAGCGACUCCUUGGUGUUCGAACCGCUGCCUCCUCUGAGGAUCGUGGAGAGCGACGAGGAGUUCGACCUCAACACCAUCAUCGGCUCCAAAUUCAACGGCAGUCCGAAGAUCUCAGCUUCGCCUGCGAGCAGCAACACUUUGCGAUUGUCUCCAGUGGUUCAGGUGAGUGUUGAGGACUGUUCCAGCGACAAGAAGACCUCUGACCUUCUGGAGGGAGAGAAGGGGUCUCACAAAGCAUUGAUGGAAAAGAAGUUUGACCGGGUGACUCACAGCACCUCUCUGGAGCUCCCCGACCGACCGGAGAACAUCUGCCACGAAAGUCCGAUGACCCUGAAGCAGAAGAGAGACCUGCUGAGGAAAACCCCGCACGUCCCUGACACCUCGCUAGACGACACAUAUGUGACACCUGAAGAGGUGAGGAUUGGGAUGGGACCCGGAACGAGUCCCUCCGGCAGGACUAUCUUCCUGGACAUCCCGGAAGACCGAGCAGAGCCUCUGUCCUCGCCAGAGAAAAGCAACAACAGCAACGACGAAGAGGAGGACGGAGACGACGAGGAGGAAGACGACAUGGGCGACGAAGCGGACAGCGACGCCAAAAAUGACAACGCGGACGACAACGACGAAGCCGAGUUCAAAAUCCAAAUCGUUCCCAGACAGCGUAAGCAGAGGAAGAUCGCUGUGAGCGCCAUCCAGAGAGAAUACCUGGACAUCUCGUUCAACACCUUCGACAAGCUGAGCGGUGAGCCGACCACAGAGGCAGAUCACAAAGUUAUGUCUACCUUGGAAAAGCCACGAGAAUCUGCGUCAGCUCCAACUCUCGAAGCUGCUAUGCCUGAAACGAGCCAUCGUUCUUCAGUGUCAACUCAGUACCGUCAGGUGAAACGAGGCUCUCUGGGAGCUCUGACCAUGAGUCAGCUCAUGAAGAGACAGCUGGAGCACCAGUCCAGCGCACCGCACAACAUCUGCACGUGGGAGACGGGUCCUACAAAAACCAGCCUUCUCUCAGCACCAAGCACAGUCAGCAUGUUCGUCCCUGCGCCCGAGGAGUUCAUAGACGAGCAGCCGACCACCAUGUCCGACCGGUGUCGGGACUGUGCGGCCGUCCUGGAGGAGUACGACGAGGAGACCCUCGGCCUCGCCGUUGUAGUCCUCUCCAUGUUCAUCCACCUCAGUCCUGAUUUGGCCGCCCCUAUGCUCCUCGACAUCAUGCAGUCUGUGGGCAGGUUGGCAUCUAGUGCCAAUUUUUCUGGACAAGCUGAGAGUAUGUUGAUUCCAGGGAAUGUAGCAGGUGUAGCCAAGCAGUUCCUGCGCUGUAUGUUUCACCAACUGGCUCCUAACGGCAUCUUGCCCCAACUCUUUCAGAGCAACAUCAAAGAUGGAAGUUUCCUGCGAACGCUGGCCUCCUCGCUGAUAGAUUUCAAUGAGCUGAGUUCUGUGGCUGCUCUCAACAUGCUGCUGGAGGGCUUGAACAACAAAAAGAGCCUGCCAGCAGGGGGCACAAUGCUGCACUGCCUGGACAACAUCGCCACCUUCAUGGAGGCUCUCCCCAUGGACUCUCCUAGCAACCUGUGGACGACCAUCUGCAACCAGUUCCAGACCUUCCUCACGAAACUGCCCUCUGUGCUUCCUCUGAAGUGCCCCAUGGAUUCCAGUUUAAGGAUUAUCAUUUGUCUGCUGAAAAUCCCAACCACAAAUGCAACUCGGAGUCUCCUGGAGCCUUUCUCCAAGCUGCUGAGCUUCGUCAUCCAGUACGGCAUGUUCAGCCUCUCCUACCUUGUAGAGCUCUGUGGACUGUGCUACAAAGCCUUCAACAAGGAGAGAGAUAAGUUCUACAUGUCCCGCAUUGUGGUGUUAGAGCUUCUGCAGGCUCUCAAGUUCAAGUCUCCUCUUCCUGACACAAACUUGUUACUGCUGGUCCAGUUUGUCUGUGCAGAUAUCGGCACGCGGCUAGCAGAAUCCACCAUCAUCCAAAAGCACAUGAUCUCGACGCUGCCGGGGUGCACAACAGCGGCAAUGGAAUGCAUGAGGCAAUACAUAAGUGAGCUCCUGGACUUCAUUGCAGAUAUGCACACGCUAACCAAACUUAAAAGCCAUAUGAAGGCUUGCUGUCAGCCUCUGCAUGAAGACACUUUUGGAGGCAACCUGAAAGUGGGCUUGGCACAAGUCGCAGCCAUGGAGAUCAGCAAAGGCAAUCACCGUGAUAACAAAGCUGUGGUCCGUUAUCUCCCCUGGCUUUAUCAUCCGCCAUCCACCAUGCAACAAGGGCCAAAAGAGUUUAUUGAAUGUGUGUCCCACAUUCGUCAGCUGUCCUGGCUUCUUCUGGGCUCCCUGACACAUUGUGCCCUGCACCAGGGCUCCACCUCCUGCAUGCCCAUCCCUCUAGACGCCGGCUCCCACAUCGCAGAUCAUCUUAUAGUCAUCCUCAUUGGCUUCCCAGAGCAGUCAAAGACGUCGGUGCUGCACAUGUGCUCCCUGUUCCACGCCUUCAUGUUCGCCCAGCUGUGGACCAUCUACUGUGAGCAGGCGGCUGCUGCUCCAUCCCUGCAGAACCAGAACCAGACAGAGUUUUCCUCCAGCGCCAUCCUCACAGGACUGGAGUUCUGGAGUCGGGUUACACCCAGCAUCCUGCAGCUCAUGGCCCACAACAAAGUGAUGGUGGAGAUGGUGUGUCUUCAUGUCAUUAGUUUGAUGGAAGCUCUGCAGGAGUGCAACUCAACUAUCUUUGUUAAGUUGAUUCCGAUGUGGCUACCCAUGAUUCAGUCAAACCUUAAGCAUCUGUCUGCGGGGCUCCAGUUGCGUCUCCAGGCCAUCCAGAACAGGGUGAACCGCCAGUGUCUGCAGGGUCAGACAUCCGGCGUCCCUCCAUUCGCCCUGCGCAAAUGGCUGCAGUGUACCCAGUUCAAGAUGGCUCAGGUGGAGAUCCAGUCGUCCGAGGCUGCCUCACAGUUCUAUCCCAUGUGACCUGUUCUGUGGUCGCCUCUGGGCCGUCUGGGUCCUUAGACCUGCAUGCAUCUGCUCUGGCAGAACCCUGAGACCAAAAAAAAAAAAAAGGACUGAUGCUGUGUGGGAUUUGUUUAAACUGAAUAAUUUUCAGCACCUUUAGUAUAAUACCUGUAUAUGUACAGUAAAUCUAUGCUAUUUUAAAGUACAAACACUGGAAGUGGUGAUUAAAAGGUUUGGUAGGUCUGUGUGGGAUAAUUGUGUCAGGUGCCUCACUGUUGUUACUCAACAGAUUUGAAGUCAGAUGAUGACUGAAGAGAAUUUCUACAGACCCCAGCGAGGGUCUUAAAACAAAUGCUUGUUGAAUCUUCGAUAUGCUCACUCUGUGAAAUUCAUAUCCUCUCACUUUUUAAGUUGCUUGGUUGCAAGCUGGAUAAUAAAAGUACGAGUUUUUCUAAACAC